AGAAACACACAAACCUCUUCUUUCUUUCUUUCUUCUUCUGUUUUAUUCCUUCAGCCGGCCAUCAAAGGCAAAUACAUAUAUAUAUAGAGAAAGAGAGAGAGAGAGAGGUGGGGGGUGGGGGGUUAGAGAUGACAUCAGGAACUCGGUUACCAACAUGGAAGGAAAGAGAGAACAACAAAAGAAGAGAAAGGAGAAGGCGUGCAAUAGCAGCAAAAAUAUUCGCAGGGCUUCGAGUGUAUGGUAAUUAUAAACUUCCAAAACACUGUGAUAAUAACGAAGUCUUAAAAGCCCUUUGUAAUGAAGCUGGUUGGAUCGUUGAAGAAGAUGGUACCACUUACCGCAAGGGUUGUAAACCGGCACGUGUGGAGGCUACAGGCGGAUCAGCAUCAGCCAGUCCAUGCUCAUCAUAUCAACCUAGUCCAAAUACUUCUUACAGUUUGAACCCUAGUUCAUCAUCUUAUCCUAGUUCUAUAUCGUCUCUUUAUGUUGGUAAUGGAAAUGCGGAUCCUAAUUCUCUUAUACCAUGGCUAAAGAAUCUUUCAUCUGGUUCACCCCCUUCGUCUAAUUUCCCUCACCAUCUCUACAUACCUGGUGGUUCGAUAAGUGCUCCAGUCACUCCACCUUUAAGCUCACCCACCUGUCAAACACCUAGAAUGAACGACAUGGACCCAGCAUGGGCCGGGCAGCAUUACCCUUUCUUACCCUCUUCAACCCCUCAAAGUCCUGGCAAUCAAACACCACCUGAUUCGGGAUGGCUUUCGGGCGUCCAAACACCCCAAGAAGGACCAUCAUCUCCCACAUUUAGUCUUGUUGCGACAAGCCCGUUUGGGUUUAAAGAAGCACUUUCAGGUACAGGAUCUCGAAUGUGGACCCCUGGGCAAAGUGGGACUUGUUCACCUGCCAUCACCGCUAGCUUUGACCAAACAGCAGAUGUCCCUAUGUCUGAUGCAAUGGCAUCUGAGUUUGCUUUUGGUAGUAACAUGAAAGGUCUAGUAAAACCUUGGGAAGGCGAGAGGAUACAUGAAGAAUGUGUUUCUGAUGAUCUUGAGCUCACCCUCGGGAACCCUAGCACCAGAUAAAAGUAGUGCUAAAUGAACGAUGGUGCAAUUUGCAAUUAUAUUAAUUUGGUUUAUGUGUUUGCCGAUCUCUUUCUAAUUCAAAGGUAAACAUGCGGGGUUCUCAAUCAGAUACUAAAGGAUCAUCAGUUGAUUUUCUUUCUUAAGAAGUUAUCAUUUUUUGUUUUUUCAAAAAGGGAGAGAAAUUCAUAGUAAAGUAUAGGGUUGAUAGUUCAUGUAUGGUGGCUUCUGUAAGAAUUUUUCUAUUAUAUUUUUCCUAACAUCGACACACCGAAUACAUAAUUUAUUUAUUUAUUUAUUUGUUGUAUUUUCAAGUAUGAAAUUAGACUUCAAUCUCUCA